AUGAGUUAACAUAUAGCAAAUCAUUAUUUUUCUCAUCCCAUUAAAAAUGAGUCAAGUAGAAGAAUUAAGACUCUUUACUCAAUGAAUGACUCUAAUUCCUGUAAAAUUAGAAAAGUUAUCGUGCCAAAAAAUAUCAGCAUUGACAAGGAAACCCUUUAUGAGUAAUUGCAUUUAGAAAAAUUAAAAACGAAACAACUACAAAUAGAAAUCCAAUCCUUGUAAAACAUACUCUCAUAAUAUGGUAAAGAAGUAGAUAUGAUGGAUGAGAAUGAUCAAAGAAAAGUCAUCCAAUAAAGUAUACUAAGAAUGAAGCAAAAAGAUUAAGAAAUACAAAUGCUUAAAGAAAACACUUAAUUCAAGGCUCAACAAGAUUUAAAAAAGUAGAUUCAAGAUCUAAAAAAAGAGCUCUUAAAAUAUUAGAUCCUGUAGAAAUUUGAGGGUGACUAAAAUUAAAUCGUUCAAGACAACAUAAAUUUGUUAGAUAAGAUUGAGUCCCAAAAAUAAUAUAUUAAUUAAUUAGAAAAAAUUAGGGUCGAUUACAUCUAAGUCAAAGCCAAACAUAAUCAAUUAAUGUAGGUCAUGAAAUUAAAAGACUAACAAAUAUAGAGAUUUCGGGAUAGAGAUCCGUUAUCAGAAACCAAUUUGAUGAAGCAUCAUAGUAAGAAUGAAAAUCUCUUGGUUAAUGAGUUACAACUCAAAAUCGAUGAAAUCUAGCAUCUGCAAACAAGACUUAAUCAAUAUUAAUAAAUUAUUUAAGAAAACUAAAACGCCUUAACCGAAUUAAAUUAUGAUACUAAAUAAAAAAUAUAACUUUUAGAAGCUGAGAAAAAGUAAAUCAAUGACAAAUAUGAUAAACUCUAAAUGGAUUAUACUGCAUUGUUGGAAAAAAAGAAACAACUUGAUAUAUUCCUGUAAUAAUUUGCUAAGAAGAAACUGUAAACCUAAACUUUAAUUUAUGGAGAGGAUUAACUAUUUUAAUCCGCUACUUAAGUCCUUUUAUCUCCAUUGAUAUCUCCUCAUCAUGGAGACAAUGUGGUUGUUAAGCAGGUUAGAAAAUAACAAAUUGAGUAAACAAUCCUAGAAUUAAAAUUGUCUCUAAGGAAAAAAAGAAUCUCCCUCUAAGAUGCAGAAUUAAUCUUGUUUUCAACAGGGAAUGAAAUUGCAAUCAAUGACUUAGAGAAAUAAUUGAAAUAAGAUCCCUUUCAUCUCAAGAAUAGCACUUUACUUGCUAGGUACUUGAUUGAGGAUUACGUUGAUAAGGAUUUUGUAUAUGAUCCUGAUUUGAAGGCUCCUAUGGCCAAAGUAAAGAGUGUCUUUAGAAACCUUAUGCAAAAUUAUAAAUUAAAUUUCGACUAAAAUGUGUAGGAUCUAGUCGAAACCUCCAUCAAACAACAUCUCAUAGACUUCUGUGUUAAAAAAUCUGUGAAUACUCUCAAUUUAGACAAUAUCUCUGAAUGUAUGAUAUCAUAAGAUAUACAAUGGAACUCUAAACAUUCAGAUUACCUUCAAUAGAUGUAUUACAACAAAUACAAUAAAUACUUAAAUUUCGAAAUUAAUAAUCUAUUAAAAUUGUUUGAUAUAGCGUAAUGA